AUGGUCUUAUUUUGGCCCCUUGCCGCGAAGCGUAUCUCAAACUCGGAACUCAACUCGAACGAUGGUUGGAUCAAGAUUCAGAUCCCUGAGUCCGAGGGCGGGACCCGGAACAGCCUUAUCGACAUUGCCAUCAUUGCAGAAGAGUUCUUUGCAUAUGACUCUAGUCUGCCCAUCACAUGGCUCGUGACUGGUCUCGGUCUUGCCCCGAUCUUCAUGUACGGAACCGAGGCUCAGAAGAAAGAAUUCCUUGAGCCUUUCCUCAUGCUCGAGGGUACGCCCUUGGCUGCUUUGGGCUUUUCAGAGCCAACUGGAAGUGCCAAUUAUCUCCAGAACGAAGGCGGUCUGGGUGUGCAGACCUUUGCCGAAGUGAGAGGAGACGAGGUCAUCAUCAACGGGGGUAAAAAGUGGGCUUCAAGCAGCGGAGGAUGGGAAUUCAAGGGUCCAGAAGUUCUCUCUCUCCUCUGUCGCUUCAGCGACAAAGGUGCUCCAAAAGACACACUUGGAUUCGUCGUCAUCACGCGCAAGGAAUUCGACUCUGCUGCGAACGAGGGACGCUUCAAGGUCACCAGCGAUAUUGAAACACAUGGCUUUACAGCCAGCUCCGGACCGUGCACUCAAUUCACUGAUUUCAGAGUCCCAGCCAAGAACAUUCUCGCACCUCCUGGACAUGGUGCCCUGCUGAACGUGGCCGCCUUCACCGAAUCAGCCGCUCUUGUUGGUGCCGGUGCAGCUGGCCUUAUGCGCAACUGCUUCGAGCACACUCUGAAAAUCGUCACGACGGACAAACGCGGUGGCUCGGUCCCGACUAUCAGUUACCAGACCGUCGCGGACUACCUUAUCAGCAUGAAGAUGAGAGAGGAAACCACUCGAUACCUCACCUGGAAGGCAUGCCACUAUCUCGAAACCACCGGUGAGACGGAGCUGGCUUAUCAGGCCAAAGUCUUCGGAUCUGAGAAUGCCAUCCAGCACGUUCUCGAAGCAAUGCAAGCUGUCGGUGUCAAUUCUUACGAUACCUCUCAACCGUAUGGGAAACUCAUGGACGAUGCUCUUUGUCUUCCGAUCUUCGAGGGUUCAAAUGCUGGAGUUCGGCGUCGCCAAAUCCAAAAGAUCUUCAGCACCCCUGGCUACGAUCCGGAGUCUGCGGCAAGCAACAAGCCAUGGAGCAAGGCUCCUCCGGCAGGCUUUCCACAGAAUUUUCUUCACGCAUAUGCUUGA